ACCCACAAGCUCGCUCUCAGUUUAUUUAGGUUUUGUGUUCAAAGCCGAAAGCCAAAACCCUCUCUCUCUCUCUCUCUCUCUCUCUCUCUCUCUCUGCGCGUUUGAGAUCUAAAGACUAAAACCCUAGCCUCUCUUCGCUGUUUAGAAGAUGUCAGAAGAGCUGGAGUAUCGAUGUUUCAUCGGUGGCCUUGCAUGGUCAACAUCUGAUAGAAGUCUAAGAGAAGCAUUUGAAAAGUUUGGAAAGCUCGUUGAAGCUAAGGUGGUGGUUGAUAAGUUUUCUGGACGCUCGCGUGGAUUUGGGUUUGUCACUUUUGAUGAUAAAAAAGCAAUGGAAGAGGCCAUUGAGGAAAUGAAUGGAUUGGAUUUGGAUGGACGAACUAUCACUGUUGAUAAAGCUCAGCCUCACCAAGGUGGUGGAGGUAGAGAUUUUGACAGUGACCGGGGUCGUGACCGCGGUCGUGAUCGUGAUCGUGGUCGCGACUUUGGUGGUGGAGGUGGACGUGGAGGUGGAGGAGACUGCUUUAAGUGUGGCAAGCCAGGACAUUUUGCCAGGGAGUGUCCAAGUGAAGGUUCAAGAGGAGGGGGUGGCAGGUAUGGUGGUAGGGAUGAUAGGUAUGGUAGCGGCGGCGGCGGUGGUGGUGGUAGUGGUCGUUAUGGACCUGAGCGAAAUGGAGACCGACCAUCUAGUGGGCGCAGCAGGGAUUCUGGUAGUCGUGGAGGUUCUGGAAGUGAUCGAUACAGUCGUGACCGCUCUGGGCCAUAUGAACGUAGGAGUACAGGAGGCUUCCGUUCUGGAUAAAAUAAUUGCUUCUGAUAGUGUGCAGCUUAGGAACCCGAGGAGCUGCUCGGCUGACUGUCACUGUCUGCAAUGCUUUGAAGUUUCCCUUGCUGGAUGUGUUCUCUGAUGAUUUUCUGGGUGGAUUAUUUUAGUUGGACCAGUAUUUUGAAGUGCGGAUCUUUGAAGUUUUUCACCUGUUUUUUGUUGCUAAAUGCUCAACCGAAUGUUUGAUCCGGUGGAAUUUUAUGCUUGCUUGCAAAUGAUAUUUCAAUUUGGCCUUA